ACGUCAACAGUAACGCAGUCGCAGCGGUGACGGUCCUCAGCCGGCGGCUGCAAUUUUUACUGUGAGGAUAACCAGCGUUUCCACAAACCAUGGAGACUUUGUACAGCAUACCGUUCUCUGUGCUCGAAUGUCCGAAUGUAAAACUGAAGAAACCGUCGUGGCUCCACAUGCCGUCUGCUAUGACCGUGUACGCGGUGGUUAUCGUGUCCUACUUUCUCAUCACUGGAGGUAUCAUCUAUGAUGUGAUUGUUGAACCCCCAAGUGUGGGUUCAAUGACUGAUGAGCACGGACACCAGCGGCCUGUUGCAUUCCUGGCAUACAGGGUAAAUGGCCAGUACAUUAUGGAGGGAUUAGCCUCCAGCUUCCUUUUCACCAUGGGGGGGCUUGGCUUUAUAAUCCUGGACCGCUCCAAUGCUCCUAACAUUCCAAAACUUAACCGCUUCCUGUUGCUCUUUAUCGGGUUUGUCAGCGUCCUCCUAAGCUUCUUCAUGGCGCGAGUGUUUAUGCGCAUGAAGCUGCCAGGAUACUUAAUGGGCUAAAUAUGUCAACAAACAGGAUGAUGAUUAUGAUGAAAGGAUAACAUUUAGUAUGUGGGGCCCAAAAGAGAUUCAACUAAAUUUGUGGAUUCGAUCAGUCUUUCGAUGUAAUACACAUCCAUCUGGACUGAAGGCACUGACUGUCCUGAUGAAAUUAAACCUGGCUGCACUGACAGUCUCA